CACUCCGCGUAUAGGGGCAGUGAGCCGUGAGGCAUUACUUGAGGUUAUAUUCAUCUAAAAUAACGCUCGAGCGGUGUUUGAAAGUACCAUUUUUUUUCCAGGACCAUAGAACUGUCAUGCCACCUGAACCCGAAUACAAGUAUCGUCAGUUGGCUCGACAUAAUUCUGUUUGCAAUGAGGUUUAUUAUAAGAUGCAAGAUUGUGUGAGAGAAUGAUUUUUCCAAAGAAUCCUUUCAAAUAUUGGCUUGGGGAAUGCACCAAACUCUCGAAAGAAGUGGAUAAAUGCAUUAAAGAAAAUAGGGAAAAUAUGAGAAAUAAAAAUCGUCAGCUAGCUCAAGAACGAUUAGACAAAUUUAAAUCAGCUGGAUCAACUAGUUCAAAGCAAGAAUAAAUAAUUCUUCAUCACUAGAAACAGUGGCACAAAAAUUUAUAAUUUAUAUAAGUUAUACUUCAUUUAUCAUUGUGAUUAAUUUCAUUUGAAAAUAAUUGUAUAGCACCUAUAAUUGUAUAAAAUACAAAAAUAGUUUAACAUGGAGAGUAAAAAAGAGAAUGGUGACUUGGUUAAUGAUACACAGAUCGAUUUGGAGCGUCUACUUUUAAAUUCACCAGAUGAUUUGAGUGAAAUUUUAUCCAUGCUUGGUGCUACGAAUCUUAAUUAUCCUACAAAAGAUGUAUUUGGUAUCAGACCAUUGAUAUCGGUGAAUAUGAAUGAUGAAGAAUUGGAAGAACCAAGUGCAAAAAAAAUGAAAUUAUUGGACAAUUGCAUAGAAUUUACAAACGAUGAUGAAGAAGAUGAAAAAACAAACAAAAAGGAAAAUCAUGUAGAUGUAUCUUCAGACGAUGAAAUCAAUGAUGGUCUUGACGAUGAAAUAGAACCAGGUUUUUCAUACCCCUUGGAAAUGGAUUCUUCUGAUAUGUUAGAAGAAUUUAACAUCUUAUAUCCUGGCCCAUACCCAAGCUUAACAGAUAGGUAUUUCAAACGUUAUUACCAAAUUGACGUUCAAAGGCCGUAUGAUGAUAUGUGUGUAAUGAUACACAGUAACAGGAUUUGCAUGAUUUCUUUGGCACCGUCUCAUUUUUUACUUCAAGGCGAAGAAAAUGUUGAAACGCUUUCAUACAAAGUGACUGAAAAAUGUGAUAGGACUGUAAAUAAAACAUCUGGAAAAGCAAAGCAUGGUGCACAGCCUAUGCAAGCUAAUUCCAAUUUAUGUCGGAUCACUACUAAUAAGGGAACUAAUUUUACAAUCAAGUGUUGUAUGAUUGGAAAACUGAUGGAAGUUAACCAAAAACUUAUUAAAGACCCAACAUUGUUGAAAGAAGAGCCACAUGAUGGUGGUUAUAUUGCCAUUGUUUUACCAAAUUUAAAACAUCAUGAAAAAAUGAAAGAAACUUUAAUGAAUCAAGAACAAUAUGAAGAAGCAAUUAAAAAACGCAAUUUAGCAAAAACAGAAAAUAAAAAUGAUGAUACAAAUCAGGAAACAGAAAAAAUUGUUAGUUCAAAUGAAAAUCGUAAAAUAACCACUGUAACAGUUCAAAUUGGUAAAUUUGAUAAAAUUAUUAAAGAUGUGCGUGGUAAUGAAAAAAUCAAAGAGAAAAACAUUGCUACUUCUUGUAUAGAACCUGUUAAAAAUAAUGAAAAUUGUAAUGUAGUAGAAAACUUAAAAGAGGAACCUGUAAAUACAAUUGUUGAACAAUAAAAUAUACACUGUUAAACAAUAAAUUUUACAAACAUUUGAC